GUUUGGCCGUGAAGCUUGUCGACUAUCUGGCAACCCUAUCCUGGUGUCCGAUGACAUGAUGAGAUCGAGAGAGAAACAUACUCAAUUUGUGUUUCAUUGAUUUUACUAAAAAUCAGAAUGAUGUUCGCUUUGGAAGUCACAAUUUUAUGGACGCUUAUCGCUUCAGUUUAUUCAGCAGGUUUUGACAUUCGAUUAUCUGAUGGAGAUACACGAUUCAAAGGACGUCUUGAAGUGUACUAUGCCGGACAAUGGGGAACAGUGUGUGAUGAUAACUGGGAUCAGGCGAACGCAAAUGUGGUUUGUAGGGAGCUUGGGUUUGGACCGCCACUGGAGCCCCUAAUCAAUAAUGUAUAUAACGGAUAUAAUCAACCCAUCUGGUUAGAUGAAGUUGAAUGCACUGGUACGGAGUCCAGACUGUCGGCAUGUCAACAUGCAACCAUCAGCAACAAUGAUUGUGGCCAUUUUGAAGAUGUUGCUCUAGAAUGCAGUGGUUUGUCUUUUGAUUUUGACAUUCGAUUAUCUUAUGGAGAUACACGAUUCAAAGGACGUCUUGAAGUGUACUAUGCCGGACAAUGGGGAACAGUGUGUGAUGAUAACUGGGAUCAGGCGAAUGCAAAUGUGGUUUGUAGGGAGCUUGGGUUUGGACCGCCAUUGGAGCCUCUAAUCAAUAAUGUAUAUAACGCAUAUAAUCAACCCAUCUGGUUAGAUGAAGUUGAAUGCACUGGUACCGAGUCCAGACUGUCGGCAUGUCAACAUGCAACCAUCAGCAACCAUGAUUGUGGCCAUUUAGAAGAUGUUGCUCUAGAAUGCAGUGCAACAGAUUCCAGCGUACGUCUUGUGGAUGGAUAUUAUAAAAAUGUUGGUCGACUGGAAGUAUAUUACAAUAAAAAUUGGACCAGAGUUUGUGAUGCUCGUUGGACGGAAGCAAACUCCCAAGUUGUUUGUAAACAGCUAGGUUACAAGAGGCCUGAAGUUUGGGUAGCUGGCUACUACAUUGGAGAUGGUUCGGCUCCAUAUGAGUUGAACUUUUACUGCAGUGGUGGAGAAAGUGUUCUUUGGGACUGUAGGACCAGUGAUUAUAAUAAUUUCUACAACUGUUACAGUCCAGUGGAUAUACAAUGUACAAGUGAAGAUGAAUACUAUUCCGAAGGUGAUGUACGUCUAGUUGGGGGAUAUUAUGAAUAUGAAGGAAUAGUUGAAGUGUAUCUCUAUGGCACUUGGGGAACAAUUUGUUCAGCUAAUUGGGGUGAAGCUGCUUCGAUAGUCCUCUGUAGAGAGCUUGGAGCUGAAUAUAACGGUGAAGUUAGUAGUGUAUACAAAUUUGAUACCACACAAAUUGGUUUUAUACCAGUACACAUUCUCAACGUCUUUUGUUCUGGAGAUGAAAAUAGCCUAAGCGAUUGUGACCUGUACCCCAACGACUAUAUCACGUGUACCACUAGUGACAACAUAGCAUUAUCAUGUAGAAAAGACGAUUCUGGAUUGUCUGGUGGCGCUGUUGUAGGUAUUGUUAUAGGGUCCUUCGUUGGAUUCUGCUGUUUGUAUACUUGCUUUUGUAGAAAAAAGAAAACGAAUGAACCGGAAACAAAUAAUUCUACUAAUAAUCCCAGCGAAACAGGCAUUCCAAUUGAACUUCAAACCAAUGGAAACCAAGAUGUCAUGCCGUUGGCUCCUCAACCAGAGCUCGUAGACCUACCCCCGGCAUAUGAUAGUGUUAUGCAGGAGCCAGAUAGGUACAAGACCCCAAUAGACAUAGAAGAGACUCCUCCACCUGCCUACAUGGGAUAUCCAAACCCUCCUUUGAAUCCAGGUUUUGACAACCAGGGUUGGUAAAGAUUAGAAGUACUUGGUUUUAUUGUAAAUUUUAUUACAUCAUUUAUGAAGAUGACUAAACUGGAUUCCAAAAUGUAAAUUUUUAUAGUUACUGUUUGGAAUAAUUCAAAAGAGUACCACAUGAGUGCGGAAGCAAGCCUACCUCGUUUUUACCAUUAUUCUAAAAGAAAACUUGGGAGAAUACGCAUGUUCUACAGAUACAUGUUAUCACCCAACGCACAUAGAGUACUACAGUGUUGCGUCACAAUACCAUGUGAUACUACUCUGUUGCUCUUGGCCACACAAUAUGCAUUCAACCGGAUGCCAUUUUCCCCACUGAGAAACCACUGAUCCCAAUUUCCAAUGUAAUUAUCAAGAUGUUAUAUCUUAAUUUUUCUGUGUAAAUUUUAAUUGAUGAUUAAAUGUGUGUUCUUUAACUAAUAUAAUGCAAGCUUUUGUGUUUUUAGUACA